ACAUGGAAACGGACGCGAAAAAUACUAUAGAGGAGAACGAGGGGAUUGUUCCCUUUUUAAAACCUCUGGAUCUCUUCCGAAACAAGCAAUUGGUCACAGUUUGUGCACCAAUGGUUAGAUAUUCGAAACUGGCAUUCCGUUCCCUCGUGAGGAAGUAUGGAUGCGACCUCUGUUUCACACCUAUGAUCAUUACUGACAGCUUCUUGCAGUCAGUUCGGGCAAGACAUAGUGACUUCACCACAUCGAGAAAUGAUCGUCCCCUUAUUGUCCAGUUUGCUGCCAGGAGUGGUGAAGACUGGGCGAAAGCAUCAAGUAUGAUUUCACCGUAUUGUGAUGGUGUAGACUUGAAUUGUGGUUGUCCACAACGAUGGGCUAUGGCUGAGGGUUAUGGUGCUUGCCUCAUACACAAACCAGAACUUGUAGCUGACAUGAUUCGACAGACUCGCAGUGCAGUAAUAGAUCCAGACUUCACUGUUUCUAUUAAAAUUCGAAUACAUAAAGAUUAUAAACAUACAGUGGAUUUUGCACGACAAAUGGAGGCAGCAGGUGCUAGCUUCAUCACUGUACAUGGACGUACGCAGGAUCAGCGAAGUGACCCAGUGUGCUUAGAUGCUAUAGCCGAUAUAAAGAAUGCUGUAAAAAUUCCUGUCAUUGCAAAUGGGGAUGUCCGGUCUUUGGAUGAUGCUGACAGGAUACAGAAAGUUACAGGAGUUAAUGGUGUGAUGGCUGCGAGAGGUAUACUUGAGAACCCUGCCAUGUAUGCAGGGUAUGAGAGCACACCUUUAGAAUGUGUUAAGGACUUUGUUAACAUUGCUGUUUCAACUGGGACCCCUUUCAGCUGCUUUCACCAUCAUCUUAUCUAUAUGCUGGAAAAAUCUUUUUCACGAUCUGAAAGAAGAUAUUUCAAUGUAUUAGGCAGCACAAGUGGUGUGAUCAGCUUCUUAAAUGAGAAAUAUAUGAUUGAAUUUUAUACUGAAUUUUAUUUUGAACCUUUACUGCUAUGCAACUGUUUCUUCUUACUUCCAUUGAGAGGCUGCCUGCUUGUGACACUUCGCUGUGACAGAGAAUUACGCGUCCUGAGUCGGGCACCUGUGAGAGCGAAUGCCAGCCUCUUGCAAACUUUUCGAAUUUGCUUGAGUGACUGUGUAAGAGCCUGUGGAAUUGGUGCUCGUAGCUGCUCGGGGCCACGAAUUCGCUUUUCACAAUCUAACUUCCAUCUUAGAAUUUGUGUGCACUUCAUCAUGUCUGAUACCAAAGUAUCUGAGGGAAUGGAGAGAAACGGAGAGAAUCCUGGUGCUGUAGUUGAAGAGCCCGUCGCUGCCUUGGGGUCCGACGUCCAAGACACGAAAGAUGAACAAGCCGAGGACUUGAGAGGUCAGUGUGAGGAGAGCGGAGAGGUUGCAGAAGCUAUGGAGAAGUGCAAGGUCGAAGGAGAGCUGGAUAGAGAGACAACUAUACUAGACAAAGAAACAAAUGAACCAAAUACAAAGGUUGCUGAACCCGGCAGUGAUGUUACUGACCCUAAGAAAGAAGGGUCAGUAAAGGAGACGUCCGAGCCCAAAGAAACCCCAUCGAAGGCUGAAGGGACGGAAGUGGAGGAAGGGAAGACUCCAGAGAAUAUGCCCAAGAAGUCUAAGAAUCAAAUCAAAAAGGAAAAGCGAAGGGCUCUGUGGAACCAGAACAAGGAGAUGUACAAGGAAAUGAAGAGUUGGAUAGCAACCAGAUACUUCAGGUUGUGUGUCUGGCAAAGAAUAUACAACCGGUUGGGCAGGGGCAAGACUGACAGAUACCUCUUAAAGAAUAAGGGCAUUGGAAACAAAAUAUAA